UACGAAACGUCACCUCCACCAGUAGAAUUUUGUACUUGCCUGUGCGAGUGUUUCGAGUCGAUUCGUUCUAAAUAUUUUGUUGACAAUUUUUAUUGACAAGUGAACAUAGAUUUGUUUAUUCUUCUAUAUUACCUGUGUUUGUGGAAAUUGUAUUGAAGAAUUAUUAAAACAGUGCAUUUACAGAUUUUGUGUGACGUACAUUGCCUUUCUCUCACAAAGGAAACACGGGAGUCCUCAUCAUUGUUUUGUGCUCAUUUCACCAGGAGUACAUUUACAUCAUAUAACGUUUUGGAAUGAGAGUGAAACACCUGAUACACAAGACGUCGCCGUAAAGGUGGAGCAGUUGAUUGCAGUCGGUAAUGGGCACGCGGUGAGCCUCGCGGGACUCCAGCAUGACAGACGAACGGGCAGUGAGCGCGGGCGGCGCCAACGCCGCGCCGCAGCACAGGAAGGGCCACAGGAGGCAAGAGUCAAUGUACGCGAUGACGGGACUGUACGCGGAGUCAGGAGGCGCGGAGGCCGAGGACGGGCCCGGGCCGAGCGCGCCGCUGCCCCCGCCGCCCGCGCACCCCCUGCGGGACCCAGUCAAGUGCCACAGCCGGAACCCCUCGGCCGGCAUAUGCGACAGAGAACGCGAGAGAGAAAGAGAGAAGCCUCACCAGUUAUUCCCAGAAAUUUUGGACAUUCCUCAUGAUGCGCGCGACUGCGGUAUCUUGUCAUGGAGACCGCUAUUUAUCCAGAGAUUUUCUAGUAUUAAAGUAUUUGUAUUUUUCCUCUCCAUCCUCGUGACGCUGCAACAAGCGCUCAGCUCCGGCUACAUAAACUCCGUGAUCACGACCAUCGAGAAGCGUUUCGAGAUCCCGUCGAGCCUCUCGGGGCUCAUCGCGAGCAGUUACGAGAUCGGCAACGUUAUUACCGUAAUCUUCGUCUCGUAUCUCGGCAGCCGACGGCACAUUCCUGUUUGGAUCGCAGUCGGUGCUGUAAUAAUGGGCAUCGGUUCGUUAGUAUUCGUGGUGCCUCACUUCAUAGCAGAAAUUAAUAGCGAAAUGACAGUAAACAAUAAGUCGGCCGAUAAUAUUUGUUACCGACCACCGGAGAAGAACAUUCUAGCUCAAGGCCUGUCUCCUAAUAACUUGAGGCCGGAAAAUUGUAUUAAGAGCUCCCCGAGCACGUUCCUGCCAGUGAUGGUGUUCGUGGUGGCACAACUCCUGCUCGGCUGCGGCGGGUCGCCGCUGCUCACGCUCGGCACCACCUACGUCGACGACCACGUGCGCCCGGAGUCCUCCAGCAUGUAUAUAGGAUGCAUGUACAGUAUGGCAGCCUUCGGCCCCGUGCUUGGAUUUCUUCUCGGCGCCUAUCUACUCUCUUUUCACAUGGAUUCCUUUUCGGGACAAAUUAUAGAAAUAGAUCAAUACGACCACCGAUGGGUCGGCAUGUGGUGGGGCGGAUUCCUGCUCUGCGGGUUCCUCCUGAUCCUGGUCGCCGUCCCUUUCUUCUCAUUCCCGAAGGUGCUGGUGCGAGAGAAAGAAAAGAUCCGCCUCGUGGAGAAAGCGGCUGCGGCUAGCGGAUCGGGCGCGGCUAAGCCUCCAGUGAAACCGCCGUCCGAUAUAAAGGACACAGGCUAUGGAAAGGAUAUCAAAGACAUCCCAGUGUCAAUGUGGAGACUGCUCAAGAACCCAGUGUACGUGGUGACGUGCCUCGGCGCUUGCAUGGAGCUCAUGAUCGUGUCCGGGUUCGUCGUGUUCCUGCCCAAGUACUUGGAGACGCAGUUCAGCCUCGGCAAGAGUCAGGCCAGUGUGUUCACGGGAUCCAUUGCUAUCCCCGGAGCAUGCAUCGGCAUCUUCAUGGGCGGCUGCCUGCUGAAGCGGCUAGAGCUGCGGCCCAAGGGCGCCGUGCAGUUCGUGCUCAUCUCCAACACCGUCUGCCUCUCCUGCUACGCUCUGCUGUUCUUCCUCGGCUGCGACAACAUACAGAUGGCCGGGACUACUAUUCCUUACACGAAUGCUAGUAACCUGGAGCCGUUCAAAGUGAACCUGACAGCGGCGUGCAACUUCAACUGCCUAUGUACGGAGACAGACAUGGAGCCAGUUUGCGGCAACAACGGUCUCACAUACUUCUCGCCCUGCCACGCGGGCUGUUCCGACUCCUUCUCUUCGCGGUCUAACUUCGCUAACUGUGCCUGUGUGGCGGGCAACGCGCGCGGCCUGCCCGGCGUGCUGAGCGGCGCGUCGGCGGCCGCGCUCACGGCGGCGGGCGCGCGCGAGUACAGCGAGGUGACGGUGGUGCCGGUGGCCACGGCGGGCGCCUGCAACCCGCCCUGCAACACCAUCUUCCCCUUCCUAGUGCUACUGUUCUUCAUGACCUUUGUGGUCGCCGUCACGCAGAUGCCGCUGCUCAUGAUUGUGCUCCGGUCUGUGAGUGAGGAAGAGCGAUCGUUCGCGCUCGGCAUGCAGUUCGUGAUAUUCCGGCUGUUCGGGUACAUCCCCGCGCCCAUCGUGUUUGGGAACCUCAUCGACUCCACCUGCAUCCUGUGGAACAAGUCAUGCAGCGGCGAGACUGGCGGCCGCUGCUUGCUGUACGAUAUAGAGCAGUUCCGGUUCAGAUACGUGGGUCUCUGCGGCGGCAUCAAGAUCGUGGCGCUCGGCAUCUUCCUCGCGGACUGGUGGCUCGUGCGCCGCCGCCGCCACCUCGAGCAGGCGCCGCCCGUCGACGCGCGCGACCUGGCCGGCUCCAUCAUCAGCCUCGACAAACUAUUCGAAGAGUUGCCAUCAGCGGACAACGCGAGCGGGUUCCGCUCAGGCUUGACGUCGGGGCUGAGCUCAGCGGCCACGUCCCCGCUAGAAGCCGACGCAGAACCGAGGUCCUCUAUACAACGCACCGACUCUCAGUACUCGCAGGAAUCGCAAACAGCGCGCAAGAGCUCACGCGUGCUGGUGGCGUCCCGGCACCUCCGCAACGACUCCAAGACCAUCCAGCUCGAGAACACCAACUACAAGUCUCACUCGCGGUCGGGCUCGCGCGACCUCAGCCUCGAGCAGCUCAAGCAGCUCGCGCUCAAGAGCGUCGAGAACCUCGACCUCAGCGUGCUGCCGCUGGCGCCGCACCUGUGUGGAGACGAGGUAAACUACAACAGUAGACACCAUCCAGCUCCAGAACACCAACUACAAGUCUCACUCGCGGUCGGGCUCGCGCGACCUCAGCCUCGAGCAGCUCAAGCAGCUCGCGCUCAAGAGCGUCGAGAACCUCGACCUCAGCGUGCUGCCGCUGGCGCCGCACCUGUGUGGAGACGAGGAGAGCAAACGGUUGCUGGAGUCCGGCGCGCUCCGGCACCGGCGCACGGGGUCGCGCGACCUGCGGCCGGCCGGUGGAGCGAGUGCGCAGGCGCGGCACAAGCGCACGUCGUCGCACCACAUCACGCUGGAGCCGCACGAGCUGAGCCUGCAGCUGCAGAAGGGCCGCAGCGUGGACCAGCUCGCGAUGCCUCCGCCCAGGCCGCCGCCGCACGACCCCUGCGUCUGAGACUCCCUAUCUUAACCACCGAAAACUCAUUUAUCCUGACGUGUUCCGACCCCUGAAAACUAUUUUCUGUCUUAGAUGUUAUAUUACAAAAAAAACUUAUAUUUACUUCUAGCGGUAGUCGUUCCCUUCGGCAGGAAAUAGCUCUCGAUCGUCAGCGUUAGACGUAGCGAGUUUUCGGUGGUCCCGCUUCCGAGCGUUUAGUGAUAUUUAGUGAAAUUUGGGCUCCGCUCGAGCUCGUAUCCUGUCGAAUAGUAGCGAUAGUACCGAAUGAGUGAUUUGGAUCAUAUCUAUGUAGUUGCGACGCUUUAAAGAGAUCUAUCUCCGUAGAGAACCCCGUAAAACUAAAGUGUGCUCGAUCGAUCCCUGGCCGCCGUGAUGAAAUUCGAAGAGAAUAUAUAUACCGCAGUUUUAUUCUACGCAUUCUCUUAGCGAACGGUAGCAUUUUAAUGUAAACUCAUAAAGUGUUACGGUAGGCGUUUACAUCAUAUCCGUUAAGAAAUAAAACCCCCUUAGGAAUGGUAAAUUUGAACUGCGAUAUAAACUUUCCUCAUGUGCUUGUGUUAGAUAUAAAUACUCAGUAUAUUUACACUCGGGUUUUUAUCGUAGCUGUUCUUAUAAAGCUAAGGAUUCACUAGCUUGGAAAUAAUUUGUCGAUCUCUUGCGACACGACCCAGUUUUGCCAGGAAAAAUAUUGCCAAGUUACUGACGUCCCAUAAGUCUCCACGCACAUUGCUUAGCACGACACAUUGGUCCCCUAGUGAGUCCUUGGCUUAAUAGUUUUAAUUAAUUAACGACCUCGUUUAUAGAUUAUUGUUGAUAAAAAUAAGAAAUAUUUCAGAUGAAUUCAUGUAAGUUACAUUUACAGAUACAAGUGAUUGAUCUUUAAAAUCGUAUACAGUAAUAAGAAUACUUUAUUUAAUCGGUAUUGUAUUAUUAAAUUGUAAAUAUCAUUUUCUGCAUUAUUGCAAUGCACUAUAUAUUUACAGACUAUUUAGAUAUGUUUUGUACUUAAUUUUAUCACCUUUUAACUUUUUCUAAAGCGAGACAAGCCUAAAAUGAGAUAAUAUAGCACAUAGAUGGCUUCAUGCUCAAUCAUAUUAAUUAGUAACACAUUUUUCUUCAAUGAGUAAAAUAUUUAAUACACUAUCUAUUUGCAACAGUUUUUUAUUGCUAAAUUAUUGCAAUUAGCAUGAUUGUGCUUUGGACCAUCUAAUUUCUGUUGUGAUAUAGCCACGCAAAACUGCCAUUUUUGUUAUCCAAAAAUUAACAUUACAUUCACCAAGUGCCACAUAACUCAAAGUUCAAGUUCUGUUUUAAUUGCUGGCCUACAGCUUUUGUACAAAGAAAAUCUAUCCUGCCUUCUUCUAUAAUUAAAUCUUCAUGUUGCACAAAUACACUACCUUCCUUUUAAACUUGUAAAGCACAAUAUUUUAAACCUAAACUGAUGUCAUAACAUUACUUUAAAACUUGUAAUAAAAAACCUUCGCAACAUUUUCACUGCAAUAGGCACCAAUCACAAGCUAUGUAAAAAGAUAUACUGUAUAUGUAAAUUUUAUAUUUAUUUAUUAUGAUCUCAAGAUGGGUGAUGAGUUGAUUGAUGACUGCUGGUUAUAAUUUUGGUUUUAUAACUUGAUGUACAUUUGUUUAUUUUUUUACAUUUAAGUUGUAAAUAUUAUUUUUAUAUUUAGAUAAUGUUAUUUUAAUGUUUUAAAGUAGUUUUAUCAUGGCUCACUUCCUGUAAAUUGUAUAUGAUAAUAAAUCUGAUUUAGACUCGAAAUAUACGUUCUACAAAUUUUCUUUUGUGAGUUAAUAAAAAUGUCAAUUCUUGGGCUGAUGUGUUGAAACAAGUAAAUCAAUUAUUAUGGUAGAGUAUUAUUUUUAUUAUGGAACAAGUAUUUUAAAGCAAUAUAUAUAUUUAUCGCGGAAAAGACAAAGGAAAUUAGUAAGUCAUCCAUGUAAUAUAUUUGUUAAAAGAGAUAAAUAGUUUGAUAUGAAAGAGUGUUUUAUCUAAAAAUGCCUUAUUACAAUAGAUGUAAGACUUGAUACUGACUUAGUUGUAUUUGGAAAGUUGUUAUCUAAAUUUCGGAAGAAUGAUUGAUAGCAACUCCAAAACUAAUUUGUUGCAUUUAGUGAAUAAAAUUGCAUACUUAUUUUAAAA